CUUUUCAGGUAUCUUGCAAUACGUUAUCCAUUGCGUUCCCGGGAACUGCGCACGCCCAAGAAUGCCCUAUUGGCUAUCACUCUCAUCUGGAGCUUGUCCUUGAUCUUUUCUGGACCUUAUCUCAGCUACUACCAGGAGUUUCAGAUGGCUAAUCUAACUGUCUGCCACCCAGUCUGGCAAAUCUCACAUCGCAAGACCAUGGACCUUUGUACUUUUGUCUUCAGCUAUGUCAUUCCAGUGCUGAUUCUAAGUCUCACUUAUGCUCGUACUAUAAGAUACCUUUGGACAUCUGUAGACCCUAUUGAAGAUAUGUCAGAAUCCAAGAGGGCAAAGAGAAGAGUGACUCGCAUGAUCAUCAUUGUUGCUGUCUUGUUCUGCCUUUGUUGGCUUCCCCACCACUUGGUCAUUCUUUGUGUCUGGUUUGGAUACUUCCCCCUUAAUAACUUUACAUAUGCCCUUCGUAUUCUGUCACAUCUGGUGUCUUAUGCAAAUUCUUGUGUUAAUCCAGUGGUGUAUGCUCUGGUCUCUAAGCACUUCCGGAAAGGGUUCCGGAAGAUAUUUCGCUGUCUGCUAUUGCGUCAGAGGGCAGCCAAUAAGAUCCAUGUGGUCCCUGCCGCCCAUGUUGGUGUCAGCACAUUAGAGGUGGCAUGCACAGAAGUGACUCAAAUAAGUGAGGGCCCCUUGCAUUGCUCUGCCUGUUGUCAGGACCCUGGGAGUCCUUGGGAGGAGACAGAGAGAGCUGGUGAUAAGAGGGGCCCAGCAUUCCUCAGAUUUAAUAUUACAUAG